AUAUUUUUCUGGAUUAGCUUUUGGUAGAUGACUGCCAUGUCCUCUGCCUCAGGGUAUGUUUUUAUUUUCCUCUGCCCCACAAAAAUCAAUAGACACUACCUGGUAUUAUUUAGUUCUUCAGUGUCUCAGAAAAAAAUGUUAGACAUUUUCAGAGUUUCUUACUUCUACUCCACAUGGAAUCACAGAGGAAACAAUCCCUCCUCUUUCUGUGAUUGCUUCCACUGGGAGGCUAUCUAUAAUUUCUUAAUAAAAUCUCAUGAGACACCAAAGGUAAAUAAAGUGGUCGUUUUAUCUGUGUUAGUAUAAAUCAUGCAACUGACACAACAGUCCACACUUCCUCUGUACCCUAUUGAUCAUAUUCUCUAGGAUCAACUAAGGCAGUGGAUUCUACUUGAAUUCCCACUACAGAAGGUUGAGAACAGUUUUGUUUUUAAUAGCACAGGUGGGGCUGUUUUUAUUUCUGAAGGAUUAAUCUGAGUUAGUUGCAAACAAACCAGACUCAGAAUUAUAAUUCGCUUGCACUUAUGCUGUAUCUCAGAUACUAUGUGGACCUUUUAUCUCAAUAAGCUUUAUGUAUACAUAAGUCUCCUCAGAGCUAGACAUAGAAACCUCUAAUGGGCUCCUUCAGAUAUGUUUGGAGGGUUUUUUAAAUAUCAAAUUGAAUAUAUCCCUGUGGGACUUCACAAUUCCAUCACAGUUCAUGGGAUAUACAUGAUAUAACUUCAGAAAUGUUUAGAUGUAGAAAAUAAAACAUUGGCAAUGUGAAUGUCUACCUAUAAGCUCAUAACCUAUAAUUUCUUUAUACUGGAUGGACAAUAUCAUAGCAUCAUUCAUCUAGCUUAUUUUAGAUCCGCAUCUUAGAUGAGACAGGACUUGGAAUGCUUAUUUAUCUCCAUGAAAUAUAAAGUAAAAAGCAUACCUAAUUUUUAAAAUUAAAAAUUCUGAAUUGAGCAGAUAAAUUGAAAAAAAUUGGUUUCUAAAAAUGCAGCAACAAAGUGUCUGAACUUUUACAAUGUCUUUAAAUUGUGGUGUAACAUAUUGCUAUGAAUUUAAGCCUGUGUAGUUAGGUUUCAUUGUAUUAAUUUAUUGCAGGUGGAUAAGCUCAUCUUUCUUCUACAGAAUGGGUGGGAGGAAUGAAUCCAAAGUCAUGUAUUUCAUUCUCCUCGGUUUUCCCACCACUGCUGAACUGCAGCUGCUUCUCUUCUCUGCUUUACUUCUGGCUUAUUUAUCAACUGUGUUGGAAAACUUCCUUAUCAUUCUCAUAAUCCGAAAUAAUCACAGUCUGCAAAAACCCAUGUAUUUCUUCCUAGGGAAUCUGUCUUUCUUAGAGAUCUGGUAUGUUUCUGUCAUUGAGCCAAAGAUGCUUAUAGACAUCCUCUCUCAUGACAAAUAUAUCUCAUUCCAGGGGUGCAUAACACAGUUGUAUUUCUUUGUGACUUUCGUUUGUACUGAGUAUAUUCUGUUAGCUGUUAUGGCCUAUGACUGUUUCUUGGCCAUAUGCAAACCUCUCAGAUAUUCACUCAUCAUGAAUCAUCAGUUUUGUGUUCAGUUGAUAGCUGGGUGUUGGAUGUGUGGUUUGACCACUUCUUCUAUCAAGCUGAGCCAGCUCUCGUUCUGUGAUGUAGGUGAAAUCAAUCAUUAUUUCUGUGAUAUUUCACCCUUACUGAAUAUCUCCUGCAGUGAUUCCUCUUUGGCUGAGCUAGUGGACUUCAUCUUGGCUCUGAUGGUCAUCAUGGUACCUCUUUGCACUGUGGUGACCUCCUAUACUUGCAUCAUGUUCACUGUGUUGAAGAUCCCUUCUUCUCAGGGGAGGCAAAAGGCCUUUUCCACCUGCAGCUCCCAUUUGACUGUAGUGUUAUUGUUCUACUCCACCACUCUUUUCACUUAUGCCCAUCCUAAGCUCAUGUAUACCUACAGUGCUAACAAGUUGGUAUCAGUCCUGUACACAGUAGUUGUGCCACUCCUGAAUCCUCUUACAUAUUGUUUUAGAAACAAGGAAGUCUGGUUUGCUCUGGGAAAGACCUUUACUUGCACAAGACACAUCUGAGAAAUCAAAUACAGACUCCUGGAGAAGGGACUUUGUGGAGAUCAACUGGCAGUGCUGAUGAGCUAAAGUCAGGAGGUCCAGACCUUAAUCCAUGCCAAAAUGAAACUCUCCUAUUCAUGCAUGCAGUGCCCAUAUUUCCUGAACUAGAGCUUAAUAAAUCUGUUAGAUCUAUGUAUAUACUAUGGCUUUAAUUUGAGAUGACUGGGGUUUUUUUGUUUGUUUUCCCCCAAAGAAUCUAUGUUGUCACCCAUUCUUAAGUCUGCAGCUGAAUGACUGCUCCAGUUUUCAAGAGAAGUUUUGGAAAUGCUAGAAACUGAACCCCAGAUUUGUUUUCCCUAGAUAGUUUACUAGGUCCAGUAAACAUUGCAAAAUGCAUGUAAAAAUCAGAUACCUACAUCCGAUUUAUUUACUCUGAGGUUCCAUUAUUGUCCCUUGAAAUGAAUAGGCAAUGGAAAAGGAUGAGUAAUUUUAACGUUCUUAGAUAGUUGGUGUAGGAUAAAAUGAACCCAGCCUCUGAAGAAGACAACUUUUCUUUAAUAGCGGUAGAGAAAGUAUAAUGUGAGUAGUCCAAGCUGCUAGCAUGGUACAGCUGCAACUGUCACUUGGCCUCUGUCAACAGAACCCUGGUCCCCUGAAUAUCCUUUUUGCACACCAAAUAAUUUGCUCCACGAAGAAAUUCAGAUACAACUGAAAGGACA